AUGAUAAAUCUCAUCGCGAAGCAGGUGGGGCUUGUGCUUCUUCUGACUGGGAUUGUGACUGGCGAAGCUCUCAAGAAUGAAGAGCGACUCUCUUAUAACGCAAGUCGCCGUGAGGCCAGUAUGGGUAUGCUUUCAACCCGCGAUCUUUUUGGCCUCGACAAACGUGCCUGGGAAUGCAACCCGGGAUACACCGAAUGUGCUUACGACUCAUCACGUUGCUGUCCAACAACUGGUCGAUGUUGCGGAACUGGAUACUGUGCCGACUCCGACGAGGUUUGCUGUACCGUCGGAGGAACGUGUCCCAGCGGGUAUAACUGUUGUGGCACAUCUAACUGCUCUCCUAAGAGUGGUGAAUGCUGCAGUGAUGGGAGAUACUGUCUUGCUGGCUACAAGUGUAUGAUUCAAUUUGGCAAAGGGGUGUGCUGCCCGAAGUCGGGAUGUAUAGGAAGUGAUAAUUCAGGGGACGCUUCAAGUGGCUCUUCUGCAACGGAGACGGAUACAAAGACACUAACCACUACAACGGCAACUUACCAAUACCAUUCAUAUUAUUAUACUACCUACUAUUGGACCUAUUGGUACUACUAUUGGACCUCUAUUGCCCCGUACACAGUGAGGACCGUCACUUCUACCGAGACCACGACUACAACCAUUUGGUCUGCAUAUGCAACCGCCAGCGCAGAAGCAAGCGAGUCUUUCGAGUACUACAUCACCGCUAGUCUCACCCCGCCAUAUUCUGCUACCUCACUGAAGAGCUCCACCGACUCUGUUCCACUUUCGACAGACUCCAGUGAUACGACCGGCGCAGCCACUGCCACCGCUGCUGCUACUACCUUGCUACAUUCCGGUGGUGAUGACACCGGGUCUUCAGGAAACGGAGGCUCUUCUGGUGCAGCUGUUUCGCGAUCUGUAGGCGGCUUUGUACCAUUUAUUGGCGCUAUCGCUGCAUGUAUCGUUGGUGGCUUGGCCUUUGGACUGUGA